AUGUCCUGGAUAACAGCACUGAUAUGUUUAAGUGUUGUUUUAUUCAUUGCAAUAAUAACACUCGUUAUCGUCCUCAAAUGCUGCAAACCUGAGGGGUCAAUUGGUCGCAGAGUUUUUCUCCACAAUAAGAAAAAACGACGGUCAGAAAGCAUGGGAAAUACAAACCCAACGUAUAUAUCAGACGCAGAAAACGACCAAAGAGACUAUGAAAACGUGCCGAAUAAACGACUUAGCCAGUUGAAAAAUGGAGUUUCCAAAUGCCUUGAGGUCGAAAAUAAAGAAGUCGCCAAAGCAAAAGACGAAAAUAAAAAACAGAACCAUGCAGUAAAGGUUGAAGAGUUGAACCAACAUUUACGAAAAUUACAUAAGAAUUCAAAUCGUUUAUUGAAAGAAGAGCUAAAGAAUUUACAAGCAGCUAGCCCUACUUUACCAAUGACAGUAGCCCAGAAGAUUGAAAACAGGAAAAAGAACCUAAAUGAUGUAAAUCGAGUGAAGUUGAUUCGCGGAGAUGAACCAAUUAAGAAAAUGAAUGAUUAUGUAAAUAUCUCCUGUACUGAUUAUAUAAAUGCAAGUUAUAUUGCAUUCCAUCAAUAUUGGAAUGAUUUGAAUACGAUCAAGAAAGUUGAUAAAUUGACGAUAGAACUUAAGAAGAUUAUCACCCAGAAGAACUUUACAAGCAACAUAUUUGAACUGACCAAGGGUAGUAAACAUCGCUCGUUACGCCAUUAUCAUUUACCAGGUUGGAAAGAUGGUUGUCCGACAUUAUCUCCAAAAGAUGUUAUAGAUUUCUUAGAGGAUGUGUAUAGUAAUGUACCAGAGACACUUGCGGAAGGAAAAAUCGUCUUCCAUUCAAGGACCGGAAAUGGAAGAUGUGGGGUUAUGAUUGGUGUAGAUAUUUGUAGACGAACUAUACGUGAUAAUGAAUUGUCAGAUGAAAUUGAUAUCUAUGAAAUUGUUUUGAAGAUGUUAAAUGCACGAACACAGAUUAUUACAUUAGAGAAGUUAAAGCAAUGGUUUAGAGAAACUAUAUUAAUGAUUUCAUCUAUCAUGUUUGAUAUUAACCUAAUAUGGACUCGGCUAUGA